AUGUUUGUAUUUCUUAGCCGCCGAACCUACGGAUUUCUUUUUGAUUGGUUGUACCCUGCACACAUGCCUCUACUCUUAAAAGGCGUCUCACAUUGGACAGACACCCCAGAGGUUACCACCCCAUUGUUAAAGUUCAUGGCUGAGUUUGUGCUAAAUAAAGCUCAACGUUUAACAUUUGACUCUUCUUCUCCCAAUGGCAUACUUCUUUUCCGGGAAGUUAGUAUACUGAUUGUAGCGUAUGGAUCUAGGGUUCUGACUCUUCCAAAUGCUGCUGAUAUUUAUACAUACAAGUACAAAGGAAUAUGGAUUUGUUUAACUAUACUGUCAAGAGGUGAAAUCCCAGCCCUGUUUAUUUCUGGAGCAUGGUCUUGUGUUCUGCUUGAAGAGUUGAUUGUAUGUGGACGGGCUAAAUUUAAUAUCUGGCAUCAAAUGACAGCCCUUUCCGGAAAUUAUGUCAACUUUGGUGUGUUCGAACUAUACGGUGACAGAGCUCUAUCUGACGCUCUUGAUGCUGCUCUAAAGAUGACACUGUCAAUUCCUAUGUCUGAUAUAUUGGCUUAUAGGAAGGUUGCCAAAUACUAUUACGAUGGAUCUCACUUAGUUAUUGCUUUUAUGCAGCUAACGAGGGCUUAUUUUGCAUUCUUGGAGGUUCUGUUCAAUAGCCACAUCACUUUUGUAUUAAACUUGGACGCAAACACCUUCAUGCAUAUGGUUGGCUCCCUUGAAUCUGGGCUUAAAGGAUUAGAUACGAGUAUCUCAUCACAGGUUAUGGCUACAAGAUCUCAUUCCCAUGCUCUUGUUUUCAGACUGAAGGACAUUUUUCCAUUGAAUAUUUUACGAUAUUCUGUUGAUUGUGCGUCUGCUGUUGAUAAUUUGGCUGCCUUCUAUUUUAACAACAUCACCAUGGGAGAGGCUCCAAAUUUACCUGCAUCUGUCAAUCUUGCUCGUCAUAUUGCAGAAUGUCCCAAUCUGUUUCCUGAAAUUUUGAAGACCCUAUUUGAGAUCAUACUGUUUGAAGACUGUGGGAACCAAUGGAGUCUGAGUAGGCCAAUGUUGAGCUUGAUACUCAUUAAUGAGCAGAUAUUCUCUGAUCUGAAAGCUCAAAUAUUGGCAUCACAGCCAAUGGAUCAGCAUCAGCGGCUCUCUUCAUGCUUCGAUAAACUCAUGGCAGAUGUUACUCUAAGCAUAGAUUCAAAGAACAGGGAUAAGUUUACUCAAAAUCUCACCAACUGCAACGACAUGGGCGAUGGAACAGAAACCGCGAAAGAAAACAUCGCUAUUGCUAGGCCGCAGUGCACUUUUAUCUCUCAAGAGGACGAUGUGUGGCUGAGUUUCCUUCAACUGGAACAUCCUCAUACUCAUUUUCUUGUGGAGGAUCAAAUUUUGCAAUACUCUUCUGUCACAACAGAAAUGGAACACAAAUACGGUAGCGCAUCACACCGAGCAGCUUCAUUGAAUAGGUUUCGGCAAAAGAGGAAACAACUAUGUUUUGCUAAUAAAAUAAGAUAUAGAACACGUCAAGAAGCUACUCUCAGAGUACAUCGUAGCAAGAGCCAGAUUAUUUUGUCCAAAAUCCACGAGUCAGGGCAAGAGGACAUUCACUCAGUGAAUUGUGGCAUUAGUUCAAAAUACACCCCUAUGAUGCGGCGAGGACCAUCUGGUCCAGGAUCACUUUGCAAUGCAUGUGGGCUAUCUUGGGCAAACAGGGGUGUGUUCAACUAUAAGAAAGCAAUUUAG